GAAAAGCGGUGUUUGAUCCACAGUUGUAAAUUAUAAACCAAAUCUGAUAACAGAUUCUCGUUUGGAUUCUGAUCGCAGUAGUGUGGUGGUAGAUCAGUCAAGAGUGGACUGUUUAGGGCGGUGUCGCCCUCUGUACCUACCUGUUUUUCUUGGGGCGACUAUGGCGCGUGCAGAUCAACCAGCUGGUGAGGAGGAGUUGAGGAGGACGUCUAGGAACGAGGGCGCUAAAGAGGACGACAGUCUUAGGGACGAGGAAUCCACUUUGGAGAAACUCCCUUACCCAAAGUCGGUGUUCUUUAUCGUCAGCAAUGAGUUCUGCGAACGGUUCUCCUACUAUGGGAUGCGAACCAUCCUCACCCUCUAUCUUACCGAGAUGCUCAAAUACACGGAGGCGUCGGCCAAGGUGCUCUACCACACGUUCACGAUGUUCGUCUACUUCUUCCCCAUCUUGGGGGCGAUCGUUUCGGACAGCUGGCUGGGGAAGUUCCGCACCAUUCUCUAUGUCUCCAUGGUUUAUGCGGUCGGCUCAAUACUGCUGGCUCUGACAGCGGUGGAUCCUCUGCAGAUCCCUCAGAAGGAGUUCACCAUCGUGGCGUUGCUUCUGAUUGCCGUAGGGACUGGGGGAAUCAAGCCCUGCGUCACUGCCUUUGGAGGGGACCAGUUCGUGCUGCCGCAGCAAGAGCUGCAGCUGGCCAUGUUCUUCUCCCUGUUCUACUUCGCCAUCAAUGCUGGAAGUUUACUGUCCACCUUCAUCACCCCCAUCCUGCGCAAUGACGUGGAAUGCUUCGGAAGCAACAGCUGCUACCCACUGGCCUUUGCCGUCCCGGGAGUCUUGAUGGUCAUCUCGAUUGCAAUAUUCGCGCUGGGGCGGCCCAUGUACAAGAUCAAGCAGCCCAAAGGGAACGUUUUCGUCAACGUGGUGAGCUGCAUUUGGCAUGCGGCCACCCACAGGAAAAGCAGCGGCCCAGUAGACCAUUGGCUGGACAGGGCGGAGCCAAAGUUUGGCGCCAAACUGGUGGGGGAUAUCAAAGCCUUGCUCAAGGUCCUGGUCAUCUACAUUCCCAUCCCAAUCUUUUGGGCCCUCUACGACCAGCAAGGCUCCGGCUGGACCUUCCAGGCAGUGAGGAUGGACGGCAACAUCGGCUUCUACACCAUUCUGCCCGAUCAAAUGCAGGUGGUUAACCCGCUGUUAAUCCUGGCCUUUAUACCGCUGUUUAGCUACGGAGUGUAUCCGCUGCUGGGCAAGUGCAACCUCCUGACCACGCCCCUUCAGCGAAUGGUGUGCGGCGGAUUUUUGGCUGCCGCGGCCUUUGCAGUGUCGGCCUUCGUGGCCAUGGCCUUGGAAGCGAAAUACCCCGUGCUGCCAGAGGCGGGGCAGGCUCAAGUGCGCGUGUACGACACCACAAAUUGCUCCUACUCUUUCACCACCAUCAAUAACACCAUCUCCAAUGGAACCUUAACCAAUGGCUACUACGAGAACAAGUACAUUGACGUUCCUGCAGGCCAGCUGAAUGUCAGUUUCACCUUCACCUCGACAGUGUUCAAUUGCAGUGAACGCAACUGGGAGUUGGAAGUUGACGAGGAAAAGGCCUACGGAGUAUACUUGACCGACCUGGGCGUGUUUUCGUAUGAGGACAAGGUGGAGAAGAGCAGCGACGGCUACCCAUUGGUCAGAACCCUCGUAAGCGACAACUCCUCAGUGAAGUACUCGCAUUCGGAAAAGAGCUACGCACUAACCGUUGCGGUUGGGUCGUUGGUCUCCUUGGAGUACGUGGGCUCCUACAACAUCGAUCUGCUGAAUAAAAGCGCCGAGUUCAAGCUGGGCGGCACCUACACAGUGCUGAUCAAUGCGGACGACUUGACCUACCGGGUGGUCACAGUGACCAAUCCAAACAGCGUGCACAUGCUGUGGCUGCUGAUCCAGUACGUGAUCAUCACGGCGGCCGAGAUCAUGUUCUCAAUCACUGGCCUGGAGUUUGCCUACUCGCAGGCGCCCAUUUCAAUGAAGUCGGUCGUGCAGGGCUGUUGGUUGCUUACCACUGCUGUAGGAAACUUAAUCAUUGUCGUCAUUGAAUCGAUGGAACUUUUCGAAAAACAGUCCAACGAUUUCUUCCUCUACACGGCCAUCAUGGUGGUCGAUCUGUUCUUCUUCAUGUGGUUGGCCACGCGGUAUGAGUACGUGAUAGACGAGGACAGCAGCUUUGUUGAAGACACUGAACUGGCGAUCGAAUCGAAAGCAGCCUCAAACGGCCUGGAUAAUCCGGGCUUUGAUAAGAACAUCUAGGCUGUCCGCCUGUUCAUUGUACAUUUGUUGUUGUCUUAAUGUUAAGCCCACUUUUUCUGUGUUAACCAGUUUUAAUUAAUAAAUUGUUUAAUGAGUUAGUCAAAA